UAUGUUUACAUUAAAGAUAAUAUGGACUAAAUAAAAUAUCUUUUGGCACAGACGGAGGUACAUAAUUAAAAGUAGUUGAAAACUGAAGAAAAUUCAAGAUUGGAAUUAAAAUGUUUUGUCACAGAAAUACGUGGAGGACAAGUGUUGUUGUUCUUGGGGGAUUUUUGGUUCAUUUGGCUCUCGGGUCAUUUUUUACUUUCGGUAAUUUCGCCCCGUACUUCAUCUCAUACUUGCGCAACCGUACGGAUGACACGACUGUGAGAAACAUUGAUGGACUUUGGAUUACUUCGGUUGGUUCACUAGGAAACUGUAUCGGGUUUCCGAUAGGCGGUCUACUGACCCAUAGACUGGGUCCUCGCCUGGCCACCUCUUUCGGAGGGCUUAUUUUCAGUUUAUCUAUGAUGGCCUGUUAUUUUUGUGUGAAGCAGUCAUUAUUAGCUAUGAUAUUUGUGUUUGGCGUCACCAGUAAUAUUGGCAACUUCAUGGCAUAUGGACCACCUAUACAAAAUGCGAUAAGAUGGAUGCCUGAUCACCCGGCGCUCGCUGCAGGCCUCAUAGUGGCAGGUUUUGGGGGCGGAGCAACCAUUUUUAACCAAGUGAUAACUGCUUAUAUCAACCCCGACAAUCUCUCACCAGAUCUCAUCACAGAAGCAGGAGAAAGAUAUUUCACUGACUCAGAUUUACUGGACAGGGUACCAGUAAUGUUUUUGAUUUUGGGCGGAAUAUACCUCGUCAUGAUCAUAGCAGGCGUGGCGUGUCUAUCACAACCUCCAGUCACAAAACACGAGAUCGAAAUUUUGCAAAAUGGAGAAUUGGAUUCGAAAGAAACUAUUGGGCGCAUAAAUGGUUACAAUGGUGUUAUAGCAACUAUCAGCGAAAAGGUACUACAUGGAACAAGUGUAAAUGACAACGAGAAGGCACCAACUGGAACAAACGCAACUGUAACAGAUGUAACAGAUAAUCAAAACAUGCCAGAAAAAUCCACGUUGUCCGAUCAAAAAUUUCAGAAAGAGCUGGAAAUGAAGGAAGCGAUAAAACUUGCAUUCAGAACAAGAAGUUUCUACCUAGUGUGGCUGAUCGUUCUCAGUGUAUGCUGCGGAAUGCAGUUUGUCUUUUCAUUGUAUAAGGCAUACGGACAGAGAUUUAUUGAAGAUGAUCAUUUCCUGUCAUUGGUUGGAUCAUUGUCUUCCAUUUUCAACUGCAUAGGUCGGCCGACUUGGGGAGCCUUUAUGGAUAAAUUUGGAUAUCGGGUUACAGUACGCUGUCUGUCAUUUGGUCUGGCGGUAUUUGCUGGCACACUUCCCCUUACAGAGCAGAUGCCGAAGGAAUUGUUCGCCGUGUGGAUAUGCGCCCUGUUCUUUUUCUUCUGUGGUAUGUGGGCAGUUACACCUUCUGCUCUAGCUAAAUUGUUUGGACCGAGAAAUAUGGCUGUGAAUUAUGGGUUUAUAAAUUCGGCCGUGAGUGUGGGUAACAUAACGGCGGGUAUAACUGGAAUGGCGCUUAAAUCUCGUAUAGGUUGGCACGGUCUGUAUUUCAUGUCAGCAGGUUUAUCAGCUGCACCAUUUGUUCUCUCAUUCUUUUUCAACGGCAGAGACAGAGAAGGAAACAGAAUAUAGAUAUCAACACACUUGCUAGUUAUAUUCUGGGAAUAAGAAAUGUGAAAAUAUGUGGAAACUUCUCUUGAUGCUUGAAUUUGUUGAACUGUUGAUGUAUUUUUAUUAUUCACAGAAGAGAUCAAUCAUUUACUUGUGCAUAAGUAACACAUAAAUAAAGGUUAAAUUACAUAAUAUUGAAUUGGACUGUAUCAGAAAAUCAAUCAAAUAAAUCAGCCAAGAAACUGG